AUGCCUGUGAUAACAUUUGGAUCUAGAUUCACCGAAUGGGCCAAGCAAUAUGGUGGUCUUUACUCUUUGAAAUUGGGCACCGCAACAGCAGUCAUCAUCACUGAUCGCCGUAUCAUCAAAGAACUUGUAGACAAGAGGAGCGCCAAAUUCAGCAAUAGGCCAGCCUCAUAUGUCUCUCACGAUCUCAUGACGUCUGGAGACCAUCUCCUGGUCAUGCAAUACGGACAACAGUGGCGAUCUUAUCGGAAACUAAUUCACCAAUAUUUCAUGGAGUCUAUGGUCGAGAAGCAUCACAUUGAGGUUCAGAACGCUGAAGCAGUGCAGAUGCUCCGGGAUAUGUGUGUGCGUCCCGAUCAACACAUGCGUCACCCUAAACGUUUCAGUAACAGCAUCAUUAUGAGUUUAGUAUUUGGUUUGCGGACGUCCUCAGUGGAUACCCCACACAUGACUCGUCUGUAUGACAUGAUGGAGAACUGGUCUCGGUUAAUGGAGCCUGGGGCUACUCCUCCGGUUGAUAUUUAUCCUUUUCUCCACUACAUCCCCCAGAGACUAUUUGGUAACUGGGUCUCGAGAUCACAAAAUGUGGGGGACGAGAUGAAUGAGCUUUAUGCGAGUGUGCUUGACCGUGUUCAAGAGCGCCGCAAGCUGAAGGGAAGUAAAGGAUCGCUCAUGGAUACUCUGCUAGAUCAAGAGGAGAAAAUAAACCUUAAUCGCCAUCAACUCUAUUUCCUCGGUGGCGUACUGAUGGAAGGUGGAUCAGAUACCACGAGCUCCCUCAUCCUCGCGUUUAUCCAUGCUAUGACCAAAUGGGGCUAUGUCCUUCAGAAGGCUCAGCAGGAGAUUGAUAGUGUUAUCGGUGAAGAUCGAACCCCUGUUUGGUCAGACUAUACACAGCUGCCGUACGUGGCGACCAUCGUGAAAGAAGCCCAAAGAUGGCGGCCUGUUGUACCUCUCGCUUUCCCCCACGCUGCUGCGGAAGAUACUUGGAUUGAUGGUUACUACAUCCCCAAAGACACCACUGUCAUUAUCAACUCGUGGGGCAUGCACCACGAUGAAAAGCGCUUCCCGAACCCGGACACAUUCGAUCCCGACCACUACAAGGGCCAGACUACGCUUGCUCCCGAGCUAGCCGCUGCAGCAGACUAUGAAAGCCGUGAUCACUACGGCUAUGGCUCCGGCCGUCGAAUCUGCCCUGGUAUCCACCUCGCUGAAAGGAAUCUUUUCUUGGCGAUUGCCAAACUGAUCUGGGGAUUCUCCAUCCAACCCAGCUUGAAUGAAAACAACCAGCCAAUUGAGUACGACUUCAGUCCCGAGACUGGCUACAGCGAAGGUUUCCUGGUUUGCGUGAAGGACUUCCCUUGUGUGAUCAAGCCCAGAUCGGAAGCCCGACGGGCAACCAUUUUGAAAGAAUUCGAUGUGGCUCAAAGACAUGUUUUCUCUCGAUUUGAUAUCUAG